AUGAUAUUUUUAUUUACUUCCUGUUAACUUUGAUAUAAAUACAGCUCAGAGCUCGUGAAAACAAACUCACAAGCUGGACCGAGAUAGAACAGGUUUAAAGAUGUACGCGGUAGCUCUUUUUGCCGUCUUGUUGGUUGCUUCAGCCGAGUCAUCAGGGGUGUUUUACGCUCUCACUGACAAUGGCAUUGACAUUAUCAAUGCGAAAAACCUGAAUGUCGUUAAAAGACUUCCACAUGACAUGGCUGUUCCUGGCACUGACAAACCUCUCUGCACAAGAAGCCCUCGCUAUAAAUCCGCUUGCGGCUGGGGAGGCGCAGCUGUUGUUCCAGGUAGAUUCGUGUUUGUGGCAGACAGUUAUGGGAACCGCGUUAUCGUCCUGGACGCUAAAGAAGCCAAGCCAGUGAGCAGCAUUCAAACAAAUGGCUUUCCUUAUAUGCUGAAGUAUAUUACUGCCCUAGAUGAGGUCUGGAUCCACUGUUGGAAAAACAGCUAUUUGGAUGUUGUUGGAAGCAGGGAAGGAGCAACGGCUAUACAGACUAUCAAAAAUGCCAGCUCGUUGAUUGUUUCGCAUAGCAUCAAGGCACAGGUUGCUGAUUCAUACAAGGAUGUAAUGCAUGGAUAUUUUGAAGCUGAAAACUGCCAGAAUAUCAACCGGAAUAUCCAAUAUGGCGUUGUCACCCACUUUAAUGAGCCAGGAAUCCACAAGAUUGAUUUAGCGAAAAAAAUGUAUGCCAAGUUUAUUAAUACAUCAAUGUAUGGCUGCAAAUCGACAUUCGGCUUGGCGUACUCUUCGGUUAAAAACUACGCUUUCGUACAGUGUCUUGGAAUUUUAAGAGGGCAUAGGCAGAGAAUGAUGGUUGUCGUCGAUCUGACACGAGACGCCGUGAUUCAUGCCGCCGACGCGAUCACAGACAAAGCAACUGGGUCUCCCUUUGCUUCGCCUGAUGGCAAAUAUGUCCUCGUUCUGAACAAGAGACAGAUUAUAACAUACUACAUGGAGAAGGACACCAGAAAAAUUAAGAGGCUUAGAAGCAUCCCACUUCCCAAGUUUAUGCCCAGUAGAGUUGCAUUCCUGAAAACCGCUGAUGGCUAUCAUGCUUACGUCACUUCAAAGAUGUUUCAGAAGUUGCUUGUGAUCACUUACAAGAGGGGCAGUAUUGACAAAAUAAACACUAUCGGAGGGGUUGGCCAGUUUGCAAAAAUAUCAGAGGAAAGAAUACAAAAGAAUCGAGCCAUAUACAUGAAGUAUUACAAACUGAUGCUUGCAAAAAGCCAACAACCUUUCAGUGAAGAAAAGUUUCAGAGGUAUGUUGAAAGAAUGUUUUUCGAGCAUGUUAGAAGACCGAUAUCGGUAGGGUGUAAUUUGAAGAGCCGGUACAUAGGAACGCCAGCAACUGUUGCAAAUAAAAUCGCAAUAAUUGAUGGAAAGAAAAUGGAAUUGGUUGGCCUAGUCACAGGGGUUAAAGGACCACGCCAGUUGGUAUGGGUGGACUAACACUGGCGUACAUGACAAAAACUACUUUACAAUACCAGCAUUUGCAAAAAGUAACUUGAUUAAAGUUGAUCAAACACGCUAUGAUCAAAGUAAAUGCCCUGGUAAUUGUAAAACUUUGUAGCAAGUAAUAUAGAAUUUAGACUUCUAAUAAAAGUUAUUGCUACUUUGGUAAUUUAGAAAAUUGCAAUUGUAGAGAAAAGUUUGUGAUUUGAAUCCAGACUUCUAUGCAAAGCUUAA